CUUGGCCCAACUGAUCUUCACUAAUAUCAAUUUUCUUAUUAAAAUUAUAGUUUUUACUGGUGUAACUGCUGUACAGUAGUUGGUUGCUGUCAUUGGCUCUAAUAGCUGAAUAGACUUGGUGAAUGAUGUAUUUUAGCAUGGGUGGUCCUGGUGGUUUUGUCUUUUGUGUGGGUGUAUAAAUUCCUCUCAACCCAGCUAUGGCUACAAGCUCUUCAUCUUCUCCUUCUUUCAUAAACGUUUGUGAUAAAGAACUAAGUGUUGAUGAGUAUCACUCAGUCUAUGAUAAAGUGAAGUCUAUUUCUGCUAGUUGGAAGUCAUUCGCCAUUUCAUUACGUUUGAGAAUAACUGACAUUAAUAUCAUAGAAGCUACCUCUCAUGGAAAUGCAGUAUCUUGCCUGCAAAAAGUUAUUGAGCAUUGGUUGAAGAAGGAUUAUGAUUAUGAGCGUUAUGGUAUUCCUUGUUGGAGGAGAGUGUGUGUAGCUGUUAAAGAAGGAGGAGGUGAUCCAGCAUUAGCUGAUGAAAUAGCUCAUGAACAUCCUUUACCAGCUACUGUGGGAGUCUCUAUUAAUGUUACUCAUAAUGAAGGAAUGUCACCUGGUUCAUUAGGAAGAUACAACUCAAAUGAUAAUGACAUUUUACUCCCACUACCAGCCAAUAGAAGAGAUAUCUCUCCUUUUGAUGCUGCAAUGUCAUCUGGAAGUGGAAAAUCAAAUAAUUCAAGAUGUACUGAUGGAUAUGGUUCUUCUGAAAAGAGUUUCCAUUUAGCAAGCAAGCUGCAUGAUUUACAGGAAGAAUUUGAUGAAGCGAUUCGACUAACAAAGAAAUCAUUCAAAUCAAGGGAUUUACCUGAAAUUAUUGACUACCUCCAAACACAUGUAAAGUCAUUAUUUGGUCCUAAAAAGGGACAGCAAACAACAGCUCAAGCAGUUAGAGAAGAGUUUGAACACAUAGAAACAGUACCAAAAUUAUUCACUGUACUACAAGACAAAUACAUAUCCUGGUUCAACUAUAAACUUAUGAUGAAACUUGUUGCAGUAUGUCUACCAGAAAAUUGUUCGUUAAAGAGAACUUGGUCAGAAUAUGAAGAGAAGUUAAAGGACUAUUUUAUAAACAGUGGUGGACUAUUGAAAGAUGCUGAUGACAGCCCAUUUUUACUCUUAAAAUGCCAUUUAUUUCAUUAUUCUCCCUUUUCUCAAAACAUGCUAAAGUAAAACUGGAAA